AUGGUUCAACAGUCCAUCAUCACUACAAAAGAUAUAUCAGUCAUAGCUUGUCCACUUCAAGCUGGUCAAUCAUUAGAAGGUGUUCAAGGUGGACCUAGAAAAAUCAUCGAACUUGGUUUAUUAACACAAAUCGAAACUAUGGGAUGGAAGGCCAAUUAUGAAAAUAACGAUGAUAUCACAUCUCUUUGUCCCAAGGAAGAUCCUGUGGUGAUGAAUCUUAAGAAUCCAAAAUAUGUGUCUGCAGCUACUCAUCGAUUAUCUCAACAAAUCUAUGAACGUGCUCGUCUUCAUGAUCAAUUUAUCUUGACUCUAGGUGGUGAUCAUUCCAUUGCUUUAGGUUCUGUAUCUGGUAUUUUUCAAGCUUAUCCUGAUGCUUGUUUGAUUUGGGUGGAUGCUCAUGCUGACAUUAAUACACCUGAAACCACUGAUUCUGGUAAUAUACAUGGAUGUCCAUUAAGCUUCUUGACCGGGAUUGCAACUAAUCAUCCUGAUUUCCAAUGGGUCAAAUCCUUGGUCAAACCUGAAAGAUUGACUUAUAUCGGCUUACGUGAUGUUGAUGAUGGUGAAAAGAAAAUUCUUCAAGACUUUGGAAUUAAGGCCUUCUCUAUGCAUCAUGUAGAUAAAUAUGGUAUUGGCAAAGUGAUGGAAAUGGCUUUGGAUGCUGUCAACCCUAAUCGUGAUCGUCCUAUUCAUCUCUCUUUUGAUGUGGAUGCUUUGGACCCUUCUGUAGCUCCUAGUACUGGAACUCCUGUUCGUGGUGGACUUAGCUUUAGAGAAGGUCAUUAUAUAUGUGAACAUCUUUAUGAAACUGGGCUUUUGGUAGCGACUGAUAUUGUUGAAGUCAAUCCUGCUUUGGAAGACGAAGAAUCAGCUUUCCGUACCGUUGAAGUUGCAUGCUCGCUUGCUCGCUGUUGUCUAGGCGAAACCUUGCUGUAA